AUGGCGUCGGAGAGCAAAGGUCCACCGCCGUCUGCUACGCUGAAGAAAACGGCUUCGACAACAAGCCUGCGGUCUUCAAGUUCUGUGAUUUCGGACUCGUGGCUGCAGUGGGACAUCCUACCCUCGGAAUGGGAUAUUUUCUGGUUGUCGACCGCGAUAAAGCUGCUGCUAUACCCCUCCUAUCGGUCCACAGAUUUUGAAGUGCACCGGAAUUGGCUUGCUAUCACAUAUACUCUUCCCAUCUCCAAGUGGUAUUACGACACGACGUCCGAAUGGACACUGGAUUAUCCUCCCUUCUUCGCAUACUUCGAGAAGCUACUUUCAAUACCAGCUUCAUUCAUCGACCCUAAAAUCGUGGACCUGAAUAACCUCAACUAUGACGCGUGGUCCGUCAUCGCCUACCAAAGAACGACGGUUAUCCUCACUGAGCUGGUCCUCGGAGCGGUGUUGCUCAGGCGCGUGCAUCUAUUUUACUUCAGACCCGGUUCUAUCGCUCAUUUUCCUACUGAGCAGAUUCAUACGUGGCUCGGAUUCCUGAUCGUCGACCACAUCCAUUUUCAAUACAACGGGUUCAUGUACGGUAUCCUCCUCUGGUCCAUUCUGAUGGCGCGCAAUGGCAACAAGCUCGCUAGUGGGAUCUUGUUCGCGGUCCUUCUCAACUUUAAGCAUAUUUACAUGUACCUGGCCGUAAGCCCAGCUCCCUGUUUCUCACUUCGCGGCACUCAGUAG